AUACAAUGUGUUGUCGUUUUUGUUGGCAUUUAUUAUAAUUAAUUCAUUAUAUAUUUUAUGUGACAUUUGUUUUACAAAAAUUUUUAAUUUAUUAAUUGUAUUAUUUUUGUUAUAAUUAAUAAUAAGUUGCAAUAAAUCUUACCAUAAUGUCUGUGGUCGAGACGAUAGCACUGGCGGCCACUAUAGUGACCGUCAUAUCAUUCAUCAGCGGUCUGUCCAUCUGCUUGAAUAUCUACCGCAAGGGAUCCACUCUUGACUUCUCUGCCAUACCAUUCAUUGCUGGCGUUUUGUGUUGCACACUUUGGCUAAGAUAUGGUUAUAUGCUUUCGGAUGAGACCAUGAUUUUUGUCAAUACGAUCGGCCUAUCGCUGCAAGUCUUGUAUCUGAUCUGGUUUUAUGCCUUCACCGGCAAACGUGGUCCACUCAAUAGACAAAUUGGUUACCUAUUAGUGAUAUUGGCGUCCGUGUCGAUAGUGGUCGAGUCCCGAUCGGAUCCCACGUAUUUGGCCGGUCUGUUAGCCUGUAUGGCAUCGUUGCUGUGCUGUUCGGCUCCGUUGGUCGGUGUGGGCGAAGUCCUGCGGACUAAGAGCUCCGAGAAGUUGCCAUUUGUGUUGAUAGCGUCAUCGUUUGUUGUGAGCCUAAUGUGGUUACUCUACGGUCUGGUGAUCAAUGACCAGUUCGUGUCGGUCACCAAUGGUAUCGCUGUCCUCAUCAGUACCGUCCAGUUGUCACUGUUUGUCAUUUACCCGACAAAAGCCAAAACACAG